UUCUUUUUGGGCAAUAAACUCUCAUCUUUCUCCUCUCACAAGGAUUUCCCGUUUACUCUCUACCUCUCUCUUCUUCAAAAAUUGCCUAGGAAUAAGUGAAUUGAAAAGUGUAGCGGGUAAUAUGAAACGGAGGAAGUAAUUACAAUCCAUCCACUCCAAGCUUUGAGCUUCCCCGCUGACGAAUUUUAUCCACCCAAUUAAAGUUUCAGCUUUGAGCAACCAUAGAUAAGAACUUAUGAAGAGUGAGAGAAAGUGGCUGCAUCCAAAGUAAAAAAAACUUGAAUCUUCGUUCCAAGCAUUUUAAGGUAGCUCAUGGAAUUCGUUCAUCUAUCUUUCUUUGUUGUUGCAAAGAGGUGAAUAGGAAAGUUAAAGAGGUGAUAGUUGACGUGUUUGUUUCAGAUGACAAUGGCAACAGGCUUUCUCAUUGUACCUUGUACCACCACUUCACAAAUAAGCGACGCUUGGAAGCAAAGAUCGCGAAGAAUUGAGAAUUGCUCUCAGCUUAUUUCUUCGAAAUAUCACCUUAAUUUCUCUUCUUUUUCUUCUUUGCAUUGUUCCUCUGCGUGUUGUGAUCCACCAUAUCUUUGUCUCUCUUCUCAUCUCAUUGGUCAUGGAAGAAUACCCUCAAGUCAUCAAUAUGUCAUUUCUUGUGUCUCUUCUUCAUCCCAUCCUACUUCACCCAUGUCUACCAGGCUGUAUGUUAGUGGUCUCUCAUUCCGCACUACCCAUGAAAGUUUACGAAAUGCUUUCCAAAAGUUUGGCCAACUUAUGGAAGUUAACCUUGUGAUGGAUAAAAUUGCAAAUAGACCAAGGGGCUUUGCUUUCAUCCGUUAUGAAACCGAAGAGGAGUCUAAAAAUGCAAUAGAAGGAAUGCAUGGAAAGAUAGAAGACAUCUUAUAUCAGAAAAAUCUGUAUCAACCUUUGACUGAUAAGCCUGCUGACAUGGAAGAGGCUAAAUGGAAGGUACUGGAUAGGCAGGCACUAGCGGUGGUGAGAUUGACAUUGGCUCGGACUGUGGCGUUCAAUGUCAAGGACAUCAAAACAACGGCUGAAUUGAUCAAAGCUUUGUCAGAUAUGUAUGAGAAGCCCUCGGCUAUGAAUAAGUUUCUUGAUGGCAGAGUGAUUUUCGUUGAAGAAGCAAAACCGAGAUCUGAUAUUCGGAAGAACCAGCAGAAUCUGAGAGAAUCACGACGCUGAGAUGCUGCUGUUGGCCACACGAUUAUAGCUUACUAUAUAAAUUGGUCUGAUGUAGUGUACAAGAAUUUCAAGAUGUACAAAUGGAAAGGUAGUUGUCCUGCCUCUGUCCCAAAUUUGUUAUCCCAAACUCAAAGGUAAAUGUACAGGGUUUCUUCGUUCA